AAAAUGAUCAGAGAGCCCUGCGCUUUUCAUAUCGAAAGUUUGAAAAUAAAAUGCUCUUGCUAGAGAAUAGUUUGGAGAAAUGCUAAAAAUAUAACACACGACGCUCUCUCCGACUAAAUCCGUCAACAAACAACAAAAAAAAAAACUUGCACGUCGUUUUAGUACAAAGUGUGAAGAAUAACGUAACGCACCGCGGACAUCCAAAUUGAUUAGAAAAUCCCUAUUCAUCGAGAGAAAUUUGUAGAAUGUUGAGCCUGGACUGUGCCAUCUGUGGGGUGGCUGCCUCAAGGACCUGCAAUCGCUGUAGAAUGGUUCGCUAUUGCGAUGGCGAGCAUCAGAAGGAACACUGGCCGAGUCAUAAGCGCAAAUGUAAACCAUUUCGUGAGGUACAAGAUGAGCAAUUGGGUCGCUAUUUGGUGGCCACUCACGACAUUGAGGCCAAGCAGAUAAUAUUCGUCGAGGAGCCAUUGGUCGUUGGUCCCAAAUGGUAUAAGUCGGAGGCGGAAAAGUCAUCGGUUGUGGUGCCUUGUGUGGGUUGCUAUACGCCAUGUCGCCUGGGCAAGCAUUUGUGUCACAGUUGCCGCUGGCCUGUCUGUAGUGCCAUGUGCCAGCACGAGAGUUUGGAAUGCAGUAUACUUAGCCUGGGUCCAGGACCGGCGGCUCGUUCCGAUACACGUGGCCUGCACGAUUACUAUCGUGAAGAUGCACUUCUGGUGUUGAAGUGCUUGCUCCUGCAACGUCAACAUCCGGAACGUUGGAGUGCCCUGCUCGAGAUGCAAUCGCACGAGGAGGAACGCAAGGGCACGGAACUGCAUCAGGAGGCCGAGAAGCGCAUAGUCAACUAUUUGCAUCAGAAAUUCUUGCAUCGCCUCAAACAGGCAACCAAGCAGAGCAAGGAGAGUCGUCUAAUAGCCGAAUAUGAUCCAGAGUUAUUGCAUCGCCUGUGCGGCAUAGUUGAGACCAAUUACAUGGUCAUCGAAUUGCCCACUGGAGUGGAAUUGAGUGGCCUAUUCCGGCAGGCUUGCAUGAUGGAGCAUGCCUGUCAACCGAAUUGUUAUUUCACAUUCGAUGCGGCCACCCAGCAGAUUGCAGUGCGAGCCGGUUGCAAUUUGAAGAAAGGCGAUCAUCUCAAGAUCACCUACACCAACAUCCUGUGGGGCACUCAGCUGCGUCAGCAUCAUCUCAAGAUGACCAAGCAUUUCGUCUGCCGCUGUUCGCGUUGCCUGGAUCCCACCGAAUAUGGCAGCUAUGUGAGUGCCAUGGCCUGUUUGGGCGAUGUCAAUAAGACAUGUGUGGGCAGACAGCUUCCCGUGAAUCCCUUGGAUGAGGAAACUCAAUGGAAAUGCGAUACAUGCCCCAUGGUUGUGGAGGCUGGAUAUGUCACGGAAUUGCAGACCCACAUGACUGCUGAGGUGGAUAAGUUAAUGUCUGGCAAACCAUCGGCCAAUGAAGUGGAAUUACUUUUGGCUCGCCUCUCUCUGAUGUUGCAUCCCAAUCAUUUCCAUAUGUUCAAUUUAAAGCACACACUUAUACAGCUUUACGGGCAUGAGGAGGGUUUGCAGAUGAGUCAACUGGGUGCUGGACAGUUGGAACGCAAGCUGCGUCUAUGCGAGGAUCUUUACAACGUUUGCCGUCGCCUCGAUCCGCAUAGCAUCAAGUUGGCCAUCUAUUUGACUGUUAUUCUAAUGGAAAUUGUUCAUACGCUGGAGGAGCAAUCACGCAGACAGUCCAAGGAGGCUCUUAAGCUUCUCGACUUGGCUCACACGCGACUCCAGGAAGCCCAGGAAGUGCUGGAUAAGGAACAGGAUUCGGUGGCGGGCAAAAAAUUGCACGACAAAUUGCAAAAAGAGUUCUUCGAAUUGGAGAAACUAGUUCUGAUCCACAAUCACAGAUACCAGAAGCAGGAGCUGGAGCUCUAAACACCAAUUUGGCAUUACUUUUUUUUUGUAUUUUCAUAAGAAAUUAUACUAAAGUUAAUGAUCAGCCAUGUA